CACGGCGGCCAACAGAUGCAACAACAGCGCGGCGCAGACAUCGAGCUCGACAUUGAGGCCACUCUCAAGGACCUCUACGUGGGCCGCACCACACACGUCACACACAAGAAGCAGAUCCUAUGCCACAAGUGUCGCGGCACUGGUGCCAAGCGCGCAGAGGACGUCACAGUGUGCACGGGCUGCAAUGGCUCGGGCAUCAAGACCAAGAUCCAACACCUUGGACCAGGCUUUGUACAACAGAUGCAGACCACAUGUGACGAGUGUGGCGGCAAGGGCAAGAAGGUCACCAGCAAGUGUCCACACUGCAAGGGCAAGAAGGUGGAGAUUGGCGAGGAGACCUACACCAUCUACAUCGAGAAGGGCAUGGCCGACGGCCAGACCAUCAAGCUGGACGGCAUGGCCGAGGAGGCGCCCGACACCACGCCCGGCGACGUCAUCUUCAAGAUCGUCCAGGUGCCACACCCCCAGUUCACGCGCGCCGGCGACAACCUGCACUACCGAAUGGCCAUCACUCUGUUGGAGGCACUGACAGGUUUCGACAAGACCAUCGAGCAUCUCGAUGGACACAAGGUGCGUGUGCAUCGCGAGACAGUCACACGACCAGGAUUCGUCAUGGACAUUGAGCACGAGGGCAUGCCCCAUCACAGUUUCCCAUCGCAGACCGGAGCACUCUACAUUGAGUUCACCGUCAUCUUCCCAACAGAACUGACCGCUGAACAACAAUCAGCAUUCAAGAAGUUACUU